GACCCUUGGAACGAUCAUUUCAUACAGCGAGAGAUCAGAAGCAGAUAAGAGAAGCAGCUCCUCUGCCACAGUCUCACCUCUCAUCUCUGUAUCGAAACAACUUGGAACCCUUCUCAACCUUGAAAGGGAAAUACCAGAGAUCAGCACUAGCAGUUACCAUCAGAGAAAGAGAGAGAAGCUAAUCAUGUACAGUCCUCACAGAGAAGAAUCACUAAACCAGAAAUGGAAAUGCCUUUGUAAGAGAGAAAUUUCGUCGUUCAAUGGAAGGAGGAGCAUCUGCUUCACUCCCUCCAAGGAUUUUGCCAUUACUUCAUCUUCUCCUCCUUCAAUUUCUCCUCGUUCUCCUCUGAGAAGUACCAGUACCUUAUCCGAAUCCAUGAUGGAAGAGAACUUGGAGCAAGCCGAAUCCAUAAUCACCAAGUGGAAUCCCGACACCUCCUCCUUCGCCAAAUUCACUUCUCUCUUCCACGAGAGCCGCCGCGAAGCCAAGGAAUUCCUCAAAUCCAUCAACGCUUUGCAGCGCGCUAUGCACUUCUUCGUCUCCCACCACCCCUUCUCUGAAAAGCUUGUCCGAGCUCAGAACCUGAUGCAGAUCGCCAUGAAGCGUCUAAAGAAGGAAUUCUACCAGAUUCUCUCAGCCAAUCGCGAUUACCUCGACCCUGAAUACGUAUCUGCUCGAUCCAGCAUUUCCCGCGGCUCUGUUAGAUCAAGCACCUCCGACCACGAAGACGACGCCGGCUCCGAGGACGAGAUUCAUGUCGCCGGCGAAUCCAUUUCACAGGUCGAGCAGUUCUCUGCACUCGCCAUGUGCGACCUCAGGUCUAUCGCCGAAUGCAUGAUUUCGUCCGGCUACGGCAAAGAGUGCGUCGAGAUCUACAAGACGAUGAGAAAGUCUAUCGUUGAUGAGGCUCUGUACAAGCUCGGAGUCGAGCGUCUCUCUUCUUCGAAGAUUCAAAAGAUGGACUGGGAGGUCCUCGAGCUCAAGAUUAAAAGCUGGCUCAACGCCGUCAAGAUUGCAGUGAAAUCACUCUUCUAUGGAGAAAGGAUCGUCUGCGAUCACGUCUUAUCCGCUUCCGAUUCCAUCAGAGAGUCCUGUUUCUCAGAAAUCACCAAAGAAGGAGCCAUCACUCUGUUCGGGUUCCCGGAAUCCGUGGCCAAGAUCCACAAGGGAAAGUCACCGGAGAAGAUGUUCAGAAUGCUCGACCUCUGUGAACUCAUAUCCGAACUCUUUCCCGACAUUGAAUCAAUCUUCUCCUUCGAAUCCACCUCUGUCAUCCGGUCUCAAGCUUUGAACUCACUCAUCAAUCUCAUCGACGCUAUUGGAACAAUGUUAUUGGAAUUGGAAUCCGCCAUUAACAAGGAUUCAUCAAAAUCCCCAAUCCCAGGAGGAGGUCUCCAUCCACUGACCCGAUACGUGAUGAAUUACCUAUCUCGCCUCACCGAUUACAGCAGAACCCUCUCCGAUGUUGUAGCCGAUUGGCCUUUGCCGGAGCAUGUGUCUCUGCCGCAAUUUUAUUUCGAAAGCCCAAACCUUAACGAUAACCCAUCAUCCUUAAUGAUUCGACUCGCUUGGAUCAUACUUGUGCUCCUCUGCAAGCUCGACAGGAAAGCAGAACGAUACAAAGACUCUGCCUUGGGAUAUCUGUUCCUUACCAACAAUUUACAGUACGUGGUGAAGAAGGUUGAGACUUCCAAUCUCAGGUAUCUAUUGGGAGAGGAUUGGAUAUCGAAGCAGGAAGCGAAGGUGAAACAAUACACGGCGAGCUACGAGAGGAUUGGAUGGAGUAAGGUCUUAUCGGCUUUAUCAGCGAUAACGGAAAAUCCAACAGCCACAACGAUUUCAGCAGAAGAAGCCAAAGAUUGCUUCAAGAACUUCAAUUCGGCCUUCGAGUGGACAUACAGAACACAAUCGUGUUGGGUCUUCAAGGGUAGGAAGCUCAGGGAAGAGAUUAAGGUGUCCAUAGCCAUGAAACUCAUGCCAAGGUAUCGGGCGUUGUAUAGCAAGUAUCGGGCUUUGCUGAGAACGGAAAAUGAUUUGGGAUCAAUUUUCAGGUUUACUCCUGAUGAUCUGGCGAAUCAUUUAUCCGAUCUGUUCUACGGCACCAGAGCUUCAGGGAGUGCGUAUUGUUCUCCGGCGCAAUCGCCCAGACACUGUUUACGUCCAACUUUUCCUUUGCGUGUGAAAUUAUUUUAGCUUUAUUUAUUGAAAGGCAAAAGGUUGGGUCUGCUGCUGAUGUAUCAUAAGCUAGAUAAAUGGAGAAAGUUUUCGCUUCCUCGGCUAGUAGUGUGGGAAUAAUCUUUCAUGCCGAAUCAAUCAUAGCAUGGGGAAUAAUAUCAUCCGUGUGAGGUUUAAGCUAGUGUGACCCUGUUUGUUUGCAGUUCAAGGAAGUCGAUUUGGAUCAUAAUCUCCCAUGCCCAAUCCCAAUUCUAGCCAAUCCAGCGUAAUUUUCUAAGGUUCAGGCUGAAUAUGACCUCUGAUGGAGGCUAAUCUCCUUGUUGGAUCAAGUGUAUUGAAUGGCAAGGUUCCAUAGUGUACACUAUCACCUUGCUGUGUCAUUUCAUCGGAGGGGAGGAGAGAGAUCUACACAGCCUGGUAGAAUUCUUUCUCCCUUCAAUCACUAUGUAUUAUGUAAAUGA